CGGCGGUCUGCAUGGCAGUGGGGAAGACAAACACAAACGGAACAUUGGAGAAACCAACGGCAUGGCGGCGGCUGGAGCAGGACGGUUGUCUCGAGUGUUCAUUGGAUGUCAUAAGCACACGUUAAUAGGCGGUUACAGCAAUACUGGCAUAUCAUCCUUAUCGAAGAAACAUCUUGCAGUCAGACAAUUUGCUGCAGUGAAUACUAGAGCUGUCAAAACAGAAAAGAAAGAACCAAAGGAGGAAAACCUGAAACCUAAAAGUAAGAGCAAAACAGACUUAAAUAGACAUAAACCAUAUGGUCUGACAGCUUGGGAGCCAGUUGAUGAUGUCUACCGGAUCCAGUAUUAUCCAAAGAAAGUGCAUGAUAUUGAAACUGCAAUUGACAUGCUGAAGAAGUUUCAGCAGUUAGACUUUACUUACCCACGACAACCUGUUUAUAUUGAUCUGCGGCUUGACAUGAAGCUGGAAAAGAAGAAAAAAGUGGACCCAUUUGUCAGCAUCGUGCAUUUGCCUUAUGCUUUUACAACAAUGGUCAGCAAAGUGCUGGUAUUCACAGAAAAUCCAGAAGAAGCUGCUGUGGCACAGAAACAUGGAGCAGAUAUUGUGGGUGGAACAGACCUCAUUCAGAAAAUCAUGGAUGAUGAAAUUCAAGCAGAUUUCUAUGUGUCUGUUCCUGACAUGGUAUCAAAACUCAUGCCUCUCAAGAACAAGCUAAGGAAGAAGUUUCCCAAAAGCAAACGGGGCUCUGUUGGACUAAAUAUCCCUGAAAUGAUAGAAAUAUUUAAAACUGGCCAUGAAUACCUGGUGGAGCGUGACUGUUACAUUCUAACUAAAGUUGGGACGGUGGAUAUGCCCAGGGACCACAUUGUUGCUAAUGUUGCCACAAUUAUCAAGGAUAUUUGUACGCACAGACCAGUGGAAUUUGGGCCAUUUGUAGAACGAGCCAUUAUUUGCAGUGCAACCAGUGAGUCUUUACUGUUCAAAGUAGAACCUUUCCUUCCUCAAGUGACGACAGAAGAUAAUGAAGAGAAUGAAAAUGUCAAUAAUUAACUAUAUUGUAUUAUUAAGUAUAGAUGAUCUGCUAAUUGCUGUUGUAUGUCCAUUUGGCAGAUUGUGAUGCAAUAAAAGCUUUGAUUCAUGUGA